AUGAAAAUGGAGAAUAAGGAUAGAAUGUGCAUGCUAUCAAUUGUGAUGGUAUUUACAAUAUGCAUAGCUGUUGCGUCUCUUGCAUGCUCUAUUACCUUUUACAAUGAGUUAUUUAAAGUGAAGGAUGAAUUACUGAAUGUCCAGGUGAAAGUACAAAGAGGAGAAGAUGAAAUAGUGGAACUUAAGACUCGGAUUGAAACCCUGGAAGAUCAGCAGUGGCGUUAUACUGAUGAAAGAAAAGGAAAGCGUGAUGACCUCAUUAAUUUAGAUCGUGGUAAACGUCAAGCUGCCAGUACAUCUGCAAGUGGCAGUAUCUAUGGACGUGAUGGAAGAGAUGGCAUGCCUGGGCAACAAGGUCCACCUGGAUUACCAGGUUCACCGGGACAACAGGGACCUCCUGGACAACAAGGUCCAUCUGGACCAGCAUGUAGAGAUGGAAGUCCAGGAAAAGAUGGAAGAGAUGGGAUAAGUGCACAAGGACUAUCAGUUGAAGAUAUCAACUAUUUGAUAGGAUUGCAGCAAAAAGAGCAGUGCUCCAGUAAUAGUUCUGGCUCUUCUGGUGUACAUGGUUCUCAAGGAUCAUCAGGGCCUAGUGGUACUGGUCCUUCUGGCUCAGGCAAUCACACUGGAGGUGCCAUGUAUGUGAGAUGGGGGAGAACUGUCUGUCCAGAUAAUGUAGAACAAGUCUAUUCAGGUAUUAUGGGUAAAACCUGGCAUGCUAGCACAGGUGGAGGUGCCAACUAUCUAUGCCUGCCUAGGGAUCCUGAGUGGGGAAAGACCAUGUCUGGUAGACAAUCAAAUGCCCAUAUUCAUGGAGUUGAGUAUCACUUGCAAGCCAACAACCCAUUUCUUACAGACAAUUUUCCUGUUCCGGCUCAACCAGCUUCUUGGCUACAUGACCAUGAUGCAGUAUGCGCAGUAUGUCGGGUGCCACAGCGGGCUAGUCAGGUUAUGAUUCCUGCCCAUAAAUCAUGUCCAGACACCUGGACCAAGGAGUACAAUGGCUAUAUAAUGACUGAACAUGUCGACAAUCAGAAAGCUGAGUUCAUAUGUGUGGAUGAAGCACCAGAGGCAGAUAUAGCAAGAAGGAACAAGGAUGGAGGAAGAUUAUAUGUGACUGAAUCUAUAUGUGGUUACUCAUUACCUUGUCCAAAUUAUCAAGAUGGGUUUGAAUUAACUUGUGCUGUUUGCACGAAAUAG